AUGUCUCAAGCAGCUUCAUCAAGGUGGUGUCCAACCCCAGAGCAGGUCAUGAUCUUAGAAGAGAUGUAUAGAGGUGGAAUAAAAACUCCAAAUGCCUCUCAGAUUCAGCAGAUCACAGCUCACCUCUCAUGCUAUGGCAGAAUUGAAGGUAAGAAUGUGUUCUACUGGUUUCAAAACCACAAAGCAAGAGACAGACAAAAACUUAGAAAGAAACUCAGUAAGCCACUCCAUCAACAGAAGCUGUAUGGGCAACAUCAAUAUAAUUGGCAAAGCCACCACCAUAGCCACCUUCUUCAUUACCUUCAUGACUGUCCUGCAGCUGCUUCUUCUGCGAGUCAUCAACUUCCAUUCUACAACUUGACAGAUGUUCUUCAUCAGGGUGGAGUUGAAGAUGCAUCCAGACAGAUGAUGAAUUACAAAUGGAAGAUGGAUCUACAAGAAAGUUGUGAGACGGAAAACUCCAUGCUCAGAACCUACGGUUGUGAUUGGAGGAGGAUGGUGAUGAUGGAUGUGUGUCCAACCACCCAUUGUUGCAGUAAACCCCUCAAAACCCUAGAGCUCUUUCCCAUCACUGCAACCAGUCUCAAAGACCAGUGCAACACAUCUAAGAAUAUCUCUUCCUCCACGCCCACCAAUAUUUAA